AUGGCCCGCCCCGCCAAGCCACAAUUCUUCCUCGCCCACGCCCCCUCGCCCACCCCCUCCCCCACCGCAGGCCACCACCCCCACCAUGCCCGCACCAGCAACCACCCACGACUAGGACCAGGUGUCAUGCUCGGUGACCACAGCAGGGCAGGGGAGUCUACAGAAUCUCUCAAGCGCGUUCGCACCUUGUCCUCAGACUUUGACUUCCAGGGGACGCACGGUUCAGCACCUCAUCUCAGGUUUGAUGCGUCCCCAGCAGAGUCCGUCUUGCUAUCUCAGGCAGAAUGCCUGGACGCUGUCAUGGAGAUCCACAAGAUUCUAUAUUUAGGCCAAGAUGGGACGGAAGAUCGAGCCUGGGACGACAAGGUUCAACAAGUACAGAAUCUGUUGAGCGAGUGCUUUGAAGGAGACUGUGUCUAUGACACUCCUCUGUCACGAGUGUCUUCGCGAUCAUCCCUCUUGUCGCACUUUGCGCUGCUUCAUCUAUGCUCGACCCUCUAUCUCCCGUCCCUCACACCAACAUCUCUUGUUCUGCAUGCUCGCAACGCCACCUCGGCCUUGAUGAAGCGAGCAGCCGGUAUAGAAAGAGUCGACAAGAAUGCAAAGCCGAGCGACUUGGCCAAGAGCGACUUUGGUUUGGAGGAGGUUUGGCUGGGACUACCCGAGCCCGAAUGUCCAACAGAGGGCGAGGGUUGGUGGCGACUCUGGGAAGUGAGGGCAGAUUGCCGGGAGAUAGGCGAGAUGGAAUGCUAUGAUGGAUACCACCUAGCUAUGGUGGAUCAAAUCAUAUCUCUUCAAUUCUUACCUUCCCUUGUCCGCCGCAUGCCAGGAUCCUACACAUCGACGCCCCUUCUCGAAACCCCUUCGCCCAUCGCAACUCCCAACUCGCUACCAUCACUGCCAAGCCCGAGUUUCACGAGCAGAUUGGCGACGACGGUACUGAAUGAACUUGAAGUGGUUCUACAUUGGGAGUUGCCAGUGACUACUUUUGUUGAACUGAACGAAGUCGGCAAAGCCACAUAUAUCCGCGACAAAGUCGACCUGAGAGAUGCCGUCGAAGCUGUCGUCCCAUUUGCCAAACGUCUCGGCUGGCUCACCAGAUGCUUCUCUGGCAUGAUGAGUAGCUUUGUCGGCGACAUCAUCCUUGGGUCAGCGGGCCCUGCUUCAUUGACCGGCGAUAGAGCUGAAGCGGCUGUCGGGAUGGCAUACAAGACGAAAGAGGAGGGAUUUGGAUGCGUGGCAGCUUUGAAUGGAGAGGCCGCACGUGAAGGCACGGAUAACACUUUGGGACUGGAGAAUGUUGGAUCAGCCCCAGCUACCGCUCAUGCGCCAGAUGUGGACCCCGAAGCUGCCCCCUUCUCAUGA